CGGGCGGGCUAUGGCGCAGGCGGUUUGCGGGGCCGGCCGGCGCUGGUGGCGGGGCCCGGUGCAUGGCGGUCUGUCGGCGGAGUCGCCCUCGGGGGCUGUCAGACAGCUCUCCCCAGGCCCGUGGUGACCCCAAGCUGAACUGCAGGAAUAAUUCAGAUUGACCUUCAUCCUGUCUGUGCUAAUUUGCUUCUUGGUGUAGAGCUCACCCUUAGGAUGAUCCUUCCAAAAUGCCUCAAUUCUGGACUUUCCAUUAACUAAAGAUUUGUGACCCGCAAGGAAAUCUCUGACCUCGGCUGUGGCUCUUGGUACUGGCCAGAAGCCAACUUCAUGUCUGAGUGCACGAGCAGCCAUUUGCCAUGGAGAGCUUGGGCCUGCAGACAGUGACCCUGAGCGACGGGACCACAGCCUACAUCCAGCAAGCUGUCAAAGGGGAGAAGCUGCUCGAAGGGCAAUUGAUCCAGCUCGAGGAUGGGACCACCGCCUACAUUCACCAAGUGACAGUACAGAAAGAAUCUCUCUCCUUUGAGGACGGACAGCCAGUGCAGCUGGAAGAUGGCACUGUGGCCUACAUACACCGCACACCCAAAGAGGGUCACGACCCCAGCGCACUGGAGGCUGUCCAGCUGGAGGAUGGCUCCACUGCUUACAUCCACCACCCGAUGGCUGUGCCCCCGGAAAGCACCAUCCUGGCCGUGCAGACAGAGGUGGGCUUGGAGGACCUGGCAGUGGAGGACGAGGAGGGUUUUGGCACAGACACAGUGGUGGCCUUGGAGCAGUAUGCAAGCAAGGUUCUGCACAACAGCCAGGCUCCCCAUAAUGGCAAAGGGCAGCAGGUUGGAGACAGAGCUUUUCGCUGUGGCUACAAGGGCUGUGGGCGCCUCUACACUACCGCACAUCACUUAAAGGUACAUGAGCGAGCUCAUACAGGUGACCGUCCAUACCGGUGUGACUUCCCCAGCUGUGGAAAGGCCUUUGCCACAGGCUAUGGGCUGAAGAGCCAUGUUCGCACACACACGGGCGAGAAGCCAUACAAGUGCCCAGAGGAGCUGUGCAGCAAGGCCUUCAAGACCUCAGGAGACCUGCAGAAGCAUGUCCGGACCCACACUGGUGAACGCCCAUUCCGGUGCCCUUUCGAGGGCUGUGGCCGCUCCUUCACCACGUCUAACAUCCGCAAGGUACAUGUGCGCACGCACACGGGUGAGCGGCCCUACACCUGCCCCGAGCCCCACUGUGGCCGCGGCUUCACCAGUGCCACCAACUACAAGAAUCACGUGCGCAUCCACACAGGGGAGAAGCCAUACGUUUGCACGGUGCCAGGCUGCGGGAAGCGCUUCACCGAGUACUCAAGCCUGUAUAAGCACCACGUGGUGCACACGCACUGCAAGCCCUACACCUGCAGCAGCUGUGGCAAGACCUACCGGCAGACCUCCACCCUGGCCAUGCACAAGCGCAGUGCCCACGGCGAGCUGGAGGCCACUGAGGAGAGCGAGCAGGCCCUCUACGAGCAGCAGCAGCUGGAGGCCGCCUCUGUAACCGAGGAAAGCCCGCCACCCACGGGAGCCCAUAUCGCUUACCUUUCUGAGGUGAAGGAAGAAGGUGAUGACGUCUCAGCCCAAGUGGCCAUGGCGACUGAGGAGGAUGGGGCCCCCCAGGUGGCUCUGAUCACUCAGGACGGGGCCCAGCAGGUCAGCCUGUCCCCAGAAGACCUGCAGGCCCUGGGGAGUGCCAUCAGUGUGGUGGCCCAGCACAGCAGCACCACCCUUGCCAUCCCCAGUCAUGACGAUGCUUUGGCCACAUCUGGCACACAUACGGUCACCAUGGUCAGCGCCGAUGGCAUGCAGACGCAGCCCGUCACAAUCAUUACCUCUGGGGCUGUGGUGGCCGAGGACUCGAGUGUAGCAUCCCUUCACCAUCAGCAGGUGGCACUGUUGGCCACAGCCAACGGAACGCACAUCGCAGUACAGCUGGAGGAGCAGCAGACCUUGGAGGAGGCCAUCAGUGUGGCCACUGCUGCCAUGCAGCAAGGGGCUGUGACCCUGGAGACAGCAGUGACGGAGAGCAGCUGCUGAGCCAAGAGGGGAGGCACACACCGUGCUGGAGGAUGUGCUACCCUGUGCAGGCAGCCCUGCCUCGAAGGCUCAGCUGGCGGCUGACUCAUAGAAGGCAGCCACAUAGGUCUCUGGGAUGAGAAGGCAGCCAGAAAGUGGCCUAACUGAAGAGCUUGGAGGUCCUGCCCUGGAGGAAGGCUCAGCAGCAGGCAACGGGAGUGAGGAGUGAACAAGCCUUGCACCAGGCUGCCCUGGCUGCCCACACUCCUCCCAGAGGAGGGCACACCCUUCCUGUCUUGGGCCACUCCUCUUCUCAGGUGGAAAGUGGGGCUGUGGUGGGGACUGGCCUCCACCCAAACUGGUCUCGGCCCAUGUGGGAGAAGGCAGGCAGCUCUGCAGCCCAGCGGGGCAAAGCAGGCCCAGCCCCGUCCCUCCUAGCAAUAACCACCUCCCUGGAGGCAGCCGAGGCGCCUUGUCCCUUGGCACUGGCGUUCCUGCCACCAUAGACAGAAUUAAUUGCUCAGGGGCCUGUGGCUGGAGUAGAGGUGUCCCGCUCCCAUCACCCCCAGCUCCCCCCAAUCUGUGGCAGAGAGGCAGGGAGUGGCCCUGUGCAGAGACUGCUGGGAUUGGCUUUCAUUUGUUUUGUGAGUUUUUUUUAAAAUUCCACUUUGACAAUUAUAUUUCCUCCUGCUCUGGGUGGUGGUGGAAAAUGGGUGAAUGAGUAUUUAAUAAAAGUUCCAAGUUUCCA